UUAAAGCAAAACAGUGCAAUCUAUAUAGCGCAUUAACUGAACACAACUGAACACCACUUCGCACACCACCGCGCUCUUGUCGCUCUCGUUGUCCAGGCCCUCGCGUAGGCUUAACUUGCGCUGAGUACAAAUGAUCGCACUAGCAUUAAUAGUUGCGUCAGUCGCCACGCUGGCGCAGGGUCAGAUGUCGCCGAGCGUUUACGGCGGUGCUUCUGGGCCAAUGCCUGCUCCAGCCUAUGCCCCCGGGUAUUCCUCACCCGGGUAUUCCUCACCAUCGGUCUACAGCACUUACCCACCGCCGGCGCCCGUCUACGGCGGCAAUUCGCCCGUAGCUCCCACCUGCACCACCGUGACCGGCUGCCUCACCGUCAAUGCCUCAUCGGGCGGCGCUCUUGAUGCCUUCAACCUCACCGCCCAGAACUGGGUCCCCGCCAGCCGCGAUGCUUCCAACGCGGCUGCCGGCCUGCUUUACGAGUUCGGCGUCGCCGCGCCCCUCGGGAUGAGCGGUAACUUGGCCUACACCCCCUACCGCCCCUACAGCCCCGUCCCCAACUUCGUGAUUCAGGGCCUGCCUGUGGGGCUGGUCGACUUGUACGUGUGCGUGCGCGCUGCUGGCUCCGCUUCCUCCCAGCUGCCAGUGGGCCCGCGCGCAUGCGCCAGCCUGCGCGUCAACAUCAGCGGCCAGGUGUCUGAGAGCCAGGUGAUGGACCAGCUGUCCGCCAUCGCCGCCUUCACCUCCACCAUCGACCGCCCUACCGGCACCAGCGCCAGCGUGGCGGCCAUUGUGGUGGCGGUGGAGGUGUCCCAGCGCCUGGCCGCGGUGGCAGCGCUCACCAACUCCUCCAGCUUCGUGGGCAACGCAGGCAACUCCAGCACGUACAACUCGAGCCGCGCCUCCAUCACCGGCCUCGCCACCGGCCUGCUCCAGGAUGUCGUGGACCUGUCCGCCGCUGCCGCCGGCGGCCCCUCUGCCGCCGCCGCCACGCCCGCCACGCUUGCUGCGAUGGGCGCCAUGAACACUCUGUGGCCCCUGUCCGGCGACUCCAGUCGCACGCUGGUGAUCAGCCGCGUCAGCGUGAUCACGGCGCCGCUGGCGUCGCAGCAGGUGGCGGUGGAGGAUGCGGAGCACGUGGUGGGGCUGCUGACUACCAUCCUGACCGACGGGCCGGCACUGGUCCUAUCCAGCGCCUACGGCAACGCCACCAACAGCACCAGCAGCGGCGAUGGCAACAUGGGCAACAGCACCCAGAUGCAGGGCGUGUCUCAGGCCGCCAACGCGCUACUGAUGGCCGUCAGCGACAGCGCCGCCUACCUCACCCGCGGCCUGAUCAACGGCGCCCCCGCCGACGGCACCCCCGUGCGCAUCGCCACCGCCAUGCUCGCCGCCGCCGUGCAGCGCGCCACCGCCACCCUGGCCGCCGCCGGCAUCACCAUCAAGGUCGCCGCCGCCGCCACCGUCACCAGCCGCCACCGCCACAGCCGCCACCUCAUCGCCACCUCCGACCUCGGCUAUGCCGCCAACGCCCAGGUGUCCGCCAGCCUCAACCCGGCCGUGGGCAACCUGUGCUCCUCCGACCCCACCUGCUCCUCCGCCGGCCUUGGCGUGGCGGUCACCAUCAUCUCCGACCCCUCGCUGCUGCUGACCUCGCUGGGCGGCUCCGCCGCGGUCCUGGCCGCGAACCAGAGCGACUUCAUGGCCGGCAGCAGUGUGCAGCUGGUGUCGCCCUUGGUGCGGGUGACCGCGCCCGGCCUGCCCUCCACCGCCUCCAGCCUGAACACGCUGCUGUACCUGGACGUUCCCGUCAACACCUCGGCUGUGGCCGCGGGCGGCUCCACCGCCAAGCGGGUGCUGGUGCGGCUGCAGGACUACAACCUGGGGACUGCGGAUGCCAGUGCGGGCGUGUCGGCGUCUCGCUCCACUACCGUCACCUCCAACUCCACCACCGCCGCCGCGGACGGCGUUGUCAGCGGCUACAGCAACACGCUAGGUGACUUUGUGGUGAUCCAGUACAACACCAACGGAAUGGGCCAGUCGGGCGGCGGCGGUGCCGCGGGCCAGUCCCUGCCCUCAGCCCUGCUGGCCCUCACCUCAGCCGUGGGCGCUGUGCUGAUGGGAGCACUGCUGCUGUAGGCCGUAGACAUCUAGAAGCGACAGGAACACUUGGGAGUUAUUAACGAGCGUGUACUGAGACGAUUGUACAUAAACACGAGCGACGAGCGACGCGUCCGAUUCAUGCGCGUGCGGCUGAGAGGAUUCUGAGGCCGAGCGUUGUGAACUUGUGAUUGACACCACCACGUGCCGGGCGUGUGUACGAACGUGGGAUGCGGGAUGCCACCACACGGAUAUAGCUGUACGGGUUAUCGAGCGAUGUGAGUAUUCUUGUACAUACCUACAUACGAUUCAAAGCCGCAUUGGUGCGAACGGGUAGAGCGACCACGAGCGUGUACAUACGGGAGAAGAAGGAAGGAUGUGGGCUUGCAGUUGAGCCACUGCCGUGAAGUGGUGAGCGAGAGCACCGGCAUGAAAGCCGGAGGAAAGGCAUGUAACGUG